GAAAGCUAGUUUAUCCUUCUUCUCUUGGCUUUGAAAAAAAUAUUUCGGUUUACAAGACCAACGGUAGACAGAGAGAAAGUCCGCGGUCAACUACAUAACAAGUUGCGGACCAGUGUUGGAUAAAAAGACACAACAAACGGGUGUGUUUGGUGGAGUUUAACAUCCCGGGAUUAGGCCAUCCUCCGAGUGGUGGGGAUAACGUUAACUUGGGAGAAGUUCUUUGUAUUCAGGGAUAGGCGGAUUGGGACGUACACGAAUAUGGACUGGGGUACGGAUCUUUGGGACCAGUAUGACAUCAUUGAAAAACACACACUGUCUGGACUGGACCUGGUGGAGAAGUAUGUCAAGUUUGUGAAGGAGAGGACUGAGAUAGAACAAAACUAUGCAAAGCAACUGAGGAACUUGUCAAAGAAAUAUUACCCCAAACGAGGCAGUAAAGAUGAGACCGAAUGCCGGGUCUCCAGCUUCCAGUCCUUUACGGAGAUCCUGAACGAGAUGAACGACUACGCUGGCCAGCGAGAGCUGGUGGCGGAGGACAUGAUGAUGAACAUAUGCAUCGAGCUCACCAAAUACCUCCAGGAGCUGAAGCAGGAGCGAAAGACGUAUCUGUUGGAGGCCAAAAAAGCCCAGCAGACUUUGGAGGUCUCAUACAAGCAACUCGACAGUAGUAAGAAACGCUUUGAACGAGAGUGGCGGGAAGCAGAGCGGUCGGCCGCGUACGCAGAGAAAACCGACCAGGACAUCAACGCCACGAAGGCCGACGUGGGAAAGGCUAAGCAGCAGGCCCACAUGCGGUCACGAAUAGCGGAGGAAUGCAAGAACGACUACGCAGCCCAGCUGCAGAAGUGCAACAAGGAGCAGAACCAGUUUUACUUUAACGACAUGCCGGUCAUUUUUAACAAACUACAAGACAUGGAUGAGCGGCGAGGGCAGCGGUUAGCCGACGGCUACGUCCUGUUCUCGGACACGGAGAAGCAUGUGAUGCCCAUCAUUGACAAGUGCCUGGAGGGCAUCCAUAAAGCAGGCUGUAAUGUUAACCAGAGGAACGACUCCCUGGCUCUGGUAGAGCAGCACAAGUCUGGUUUCGAGCGCCCGGGAGAUAUCGAGUUUGAAGACUACAGUCAGGGUAUCAACCGCACCUCUUCGGACAGCAGCCUGAGCACGCCCAAGGGGCCCUUGGAACUGCUCGGGAAGAACCGGAACAAGAAAUCCUGGCUGCUGAAGAAGAGCAAGCUCUCCCCAUCAACGAUCCUCCCCUCCAGCAAUCCUCCGACCCCCUCACCCUCUAACGGAGCCCCCUCCCCAAAGUUUGGCCGGGACCCCCUGUCGUACUGUUUGAAGGAGAUCAAUAAGACAGUCAAACCCAGAAUAUCGUCCUUCCGGACCCUCCGCAGAUCGCCCACGGUGACGGAGGACUUCGGCCACCUCCCUCCUGAGCAGCGGCGGAAGCGGUUACAAAAGAAACGCGACGAGAUUGCCAAAGAGCUGCAGAAGGAAGUGGAUCAGAGUGAGGCCCUGGAGAAGAUGAGGGAUGUCUAUGAGAAGAAUCCCCAGAUGGGCGACCCAGCCAGCUUAGCCCCCCAGAACAGCCAGACGGCCCAGAACAUUGAGAGGCUCAGAGGGGAGCUGGCCAAGUAUGAGACUUGGGUAGCAGAAGCAGGGGUCCGUGGGAGUCGGCUGCAGCAACGAUCCCAGUCGUUCAACAACAACGGCGCUAAUGAUGCAUACAGCCCUGACGGAGCCCAGUCUGACGAAGGCACGCCUGACCACUCCCAAGCCAUCUACGCAGAGUUCGAUGACGACUUUGAGGAGGAGGAGGAGGAGGAGGAGGUGGAGGAGGAAGAGCCGACCGUUGCUAUCGGAAAUUGCACAGCCAUGUACAACUUUCCUGGGGCCAGCGAAGGGACCAUCUCCAUGCAGGAGGGCGAGGUGUUGGACGUAGUGGAGGAGGACAAGGGAGACGGGUGGACCCGCGUGCGACGGACCAACGGCGACGAAGGCUACAUUCCCACCUCCUACGUCUCCAUCGCCCUCAACAAAUGAGGUUUUUCACCUUCAGGGGGGGAAACGCUGUCUGCUGAAGAACGAGCAUUUUUGGAAUACAGGGCUAUACGGGAUCGACUCCUACCUCCCUUCAACCCCCUCCCAUCGUCGACACAGGAGGAGUGGACGGUACAGAACAGCUUGUGGGUGGGACCACGGCGGAUGGGAACGGGAUGGUCAUAAGAGGCGCAGGGAAUGGGAGUGUUUUGGUAGUGCGUUGCACUGCCAUACAGGGAGUGAAAUGGAUGGUGCAAAACGCAAUGUCCCUACGAAACGCUUAUGAAAGGGAAUAAAAACAAACCGCGACCCCCCCCCCCCCCCCCAGUCAUGUAAUAUUAACCCCCCUUUAACCCGAGAUAUACGGAGCAACUUAAGCCACGUGUGUCUGUACGGCGUUUUUCUUGCCUUGCGUCUCGGCUGUGCGAAUACGGUCAGGCCCAGCGAAGGGUGACGCAAGCGCCUCUGAAGUCGAGAGGAAAGGUGUACAACCUCAGGGUGCUGGAGCUCAGCUCGGGGCCCCCAAAACGAGAAGGGAGUCGGAUUCUAAACGAGAGAAGAGGAGCAGAACGGGAAACAUGGGAUUAUUUUAUACUGUGGGGUUCACACCAAGACUUUAAAGAGUUUCCUCGUCGACGACUCACUGUCAUCAAAAUCAAAUUUGGCUUUAUUGUCCCCAUCUUCCGUCAUCCAAAAUGUGGUUUGAAACGCAGCAUAUUUAAAUCACUAAAAGUGUGUUAUUUAUUGCUAUGUGUGUGUGUGAGCAUUAAUGGCAGUAAAGUAACUUUGCGGCUACCUGUCCUGUGUGUUGCGCUUUCGCAGACCACAUUAUAAAGUAACAAUCCACCAUAUACUUUCCAGUGUCAUCAACGAGAUCACACACACAAGAAUGAGACUGCAUCCCUCCCCCCAGGCUUCUAAAGGGUUCCAGAUUGUUUGUUUAUACUAAAAAAAGGAUAAUUUAUUAGGAGUGUGUAUAUUGUUGUGAAAUAAGAGAUUCCAGUUUAACAGGAAAGUCUGUCUGUUAGUGUUGAGGAUGUUGUUACACUUUUCUUCUCUCCUUGCACACACAUUUGCGAGUUGUCUUGAGGCGAUCGUAUUUAUGUCAUAAAUAAUAUAUUUUAGCCAUCAACAACACCACUAUUGUCUUAUUUUCAUUUUUUUUAAUAACCGAGACUGCUAUGAAUAAAGAAUUGUACCUUUGUCAAAAGAUUACUUAUUUUGCCAUAAAGGUGCGUGUAUGUUUAGUUUGUCUUUGCUUCACUAAAUGUUUUAUGUUGUGUUUUUUGUGCAUUGCAGUUGGUCUAACUGACUUAUAUCUAUAUUGUGUUGUCAUAGUUUUAUGUUGCUGUUUGACAUUGUGCCUUUCUGGUUAAAAGCAUUUUGUAUAUCUCACAUUUACAUUCGUUUUUCUUUUUUUAAGGUUUAAUAAAUGUGGAGCACAUUU